GCGAUCUUGAGUCUGACUGUGAAAAAGUAUCCCUCUCGACAAAAUGCUUCGUUCCUUACUGAAACGGCGUCCCCUUGCUGCAGUUACUAAAACGUACUGUAAUGUAAGAUUAUCGUCAACUAGUGGUAACACGUCUCUGACUGAACGCAGUCAUAACUGCAGUGAGCUGAGGUGCGAUCAUGUUGGAGAGAAAGUGACCUUAUGUGGAUGGCUCCAGCAUCGUCGUUUUGAUUUCAUGUUCACACUGAGAGACUCCUUUGGAACCGUUCAGAUUGUUAUCCCCAAAGAAGAGCUAGGAGGGAAGGAACUUGUGGACACAUUGACGGCUGCUUACCAGGAAUCCGUCAUACAGGUCAAAGGUCAUGUCCAGCUCAGACCAGACGGUCUUAAGAACAAGGAGAUGGGGACAGGUGACAUUGAGGUUGUAGCAGACUCGGUUGAGCUUUUGAACCCAUGUAAAGAGCAGCUUCCAGUCCAACUUGGCGACUUCAGCAAAGUAUCAGAAGCAGUGAGAAUGCAGUUCCGAUACAUUGAUCUGAGGAGCAAGAGGAUGCAGAGAAAUCUACGACUCAGAUCAGAUGUCGUCAUGAAGAUGAGAGAAUUCCUUUGGAAGAAAACAGGAUUUGUUGAAGUUGAAACCCCUACGUUGUUCAGGAAGACUCCCGGGGGUGCCCAGGAGUUCCCUGUACCUUGCAAGCAGGCUGGAAAGUUUUACUCGCUACCACAAAGUCCUCAACAGUUCAAACAACUGCUGAUGGUUGGCGGUAUUGAUAGAUACUUCCAAAUUGCCCGUUGCUAUAGAGAUGAGGGCAGCAGACCUGACAGGCAACCGGAGUUUACGCAGGUAGACCUUGAGAUGUCUUUCAUAUCUAAAGAAGGGAUUUAUCACCUGAUUGAGGAAAUGAUUUUAUUCUCUUGGCCGGACUCCAAACCAGCUCCUACUCUUCCAUUUCCAAGAAUGACGUACCAAGACGCGAUGAACCAGUAUGGGGUUGACAAGCCAGAUACAAGGUUUGAUAUGAAGAUUCAAGACGUAACUGAUAUUCUUCAGGGGAGUGGAGUAGCCAUGUUUGAUUCAAGCUCACCAUCUUUCAGAGUGAAGCUGAUCAACUGUAAAGGAGCUGCAAAUCAUCUAAAGAGGAAGCACAUCGAUCACUUAGAAGCAGAAGGCAAGAAGAAAGCUACCCAGCUAGGAAUGGAGAAGGGUGGUGUGAUAGGUGUACGAUUAGAGGCAUCCCCAGCCUCUUGGAAGUCUCCCAUUGCCAAGUACAUAGAGGAUGAUGUUAAAGAAAGGCUGGUAAAGAGUCUAGGUGCAGAGACUGGUGACCUGUUUUUCAUUGCUGCAGGAGAGAAAGACAUUAAUCAAAUACUUGGACAUGUAAGGUUACAAGCUGCUAAACGUCUGGAGGAGAAUGGUGUUUCUGUACGAGAUCCAUCGUCAUUAACUUUAUGGGUGGAGGACUUUCCACUUUUCUUACCCAAGGACGAGGAGUCGACGAGUCAAGGGGACAUUGAAUCAGCUCACCAUCCUUUCACAGCUCCGAUGAAAGGAGAAGAAGAACUUGUCUACUCAUCCCCUCUCAAGGUCAGAGGUCAACAUUAUGACCUAGUUCUGAAUGGUAUCGAGAUUGCCGGUGGUUCAAUCCGCAUCCACAGAGCUGACCUGCAGAGAUACAUCUUAGAAGACGUUCUCAAGGAGGAUUCCAGCAGUUUGUCACAUCUCCUAGAAGCCUUGGAGUCGGGAUGUCCACCGCAUGGAGGAAUAGCAAUAGGUUUUGAUAGGUAUAUAUCGCUGCUUUGUGGUGAACCCUCUAUCAGAGACGUCAUCGCGUUUCCUAAAACAGUGGACGGCAAUGACCUCAUGAGUGGGGCGCCCUCUACGCUGUCUGCCCAAGAACUGGAGCGUUACAACAUUCACGUUGCACCACAGGGAAAAGAAAGUUGAUGACAGAGGCCAGGUCUUGUGGACAUGUGACAAUACAAACAAGACGGGACCAAUUGUGUUGAGCACUUUUUAAAGUGGUUCAAGCCCCAUAAAAGAGGAACGUGGCAAAAUUGUACCAAGAUAUGUUUGGAGUGCAAGCUCAUAUGGAUGCUUGGAAAUUAUGAGAGUACCAAAAUGACCUCAUGGAGUUUUGUGUAAUAUCCUUUGCAAGAAGUGGGAUAUUUCAACGUUCCAAGAGCGAAACUCAAUCAGAAGAGACAGUUGAUGGCAGAGUAGUUUGUAUGAAUAUUUGGAAAUGCAAUGAAUGAAUAAAAAGUCACAGACUUUUAUGAACUUUGACCUUGCAAGAAGUCAAACAUUGCAAUAUUCAGGUGAAACCUCUCUCUCCCUCUCUCCAUUUCAUUCAGUUUCCUGUUCCUUCUCUUUCUCUCUCUCUCUCUCUCACCCUUUAUCGCUUUUUCACUAUAAAACUUAUAUUGUGUAUAAAGUUUAGAACCGGUGAUGUAAGAGAUAUCUCUCAUGAUUUGGAGUCUUGCAUAGUGGUUUGAAAAGUUAAUCUGUUUCAAUAGUCUUCUAUGAUGCUGAGCCUAAAAGUCUAUCUUUUAAAACUAAUAUAUGAUAGUGCACAAUGUUUGCACCUGCAUACAUGAUCCAUGAAAUAGAUCUUGGCCUUGUUUCAUAAAACUUGUUAUCAAUAAUAAGAUGAGACAAUUGUUAGCUAAUGAAGUCAUUGCAUCUGAUUGGAUGAGAGCAAAUUUGUCAUAGAAAUUCAGCAUUUAUUGUAGACAAGAAUUUUUAUGAAACGGGGCCCUGUUUUAUGUUUAAUUAUAAUCGUAGCUAUACCUCAUCAUUCAAGAAAAUGAUAAUUUGUUUGUAUUAAAAAAAUGAAAUCAUGAAAUAAGCAUUUAUUUUGUCGAUUAUUUAGAGCAGAGCUCAAAGCUCUCUUUUUAUAAUGAUUCUCAACUACAGUAUGCAACUGUAUACCGGUAUGUAAUAUUUUACAUGUCACUUUCUACUUUCACUAUCCUUAAAGAGUUAGAAUGGUAUUUCAGUGAAUUAGAAAUAAAAUGAGUGCCUGGAUUACUUGUACAGUCAUGUAGAGUGUUUUGCAAUACUUUGAUCCAAUUUAGACCUCAAAAUAAUAACCUGGUUCUAAAAUGGAACAUUCUGUGUUAAGAACACUGCAAAAAACUUGUCAUUAAUUCUAUGUAAUAAAUAUAUAACCUGUACAAGGAA